AUGAAGAAUAGUGUUGCAUACGAUGUUCGAAAAUUAAAUAUAGGUGAUUUUUUGUGGAUUGUACAAGCAUUGAACGGAGAUAAAGUUGAAGCCGUUCUUGAUUAUAUUAUCGAGCGAAAACGACUCGAUGAUCUGUCAAAAAGUAUCGUUGAUGGACGAUAUCAAGAACAAAAGUUUCGUCUUAAACAAUGUGGUAUUAAUAACUUAAUUUAUCUUAUUGAAAGUUUGAAAAAUACUAAUAAUCCCGGUAUUUUAUCGCCUGCUGCCCUUAAUCAAGCUAUUGUUAACACUCAAGUUGCAGAAGAUUAUUUUGUUCGCGAAGUAUCAAAUCCACUUGAAAUGGCUUGUUAUCUUGUUACAUUAACUAAACAUUUGAUUGCACAUUUUAAGAACAAAACAUUUCACGUUGUGUGUGGAGAUGAAAUGGGUAAUUAUAAGUCAACCUAUGAUAACAGUGAACAUUAUGUUAUGACAUUUGAAUCAUUCAAUUCCGACGUUAUCAAAACAAAACCACCAACUGUUAAAGAAAUGUUUGCACGAUCAUUGAUGCAAAUAAAUGGAAUGUCUAUUGAUAAUGUAUUGGCAAUGACUGAAAUGUAUCCAACACCAACAUUAUUGCUUAAAGCAUAUAGUCAGUGUAAAGAUGAGAAACAACGAAAAUUAAUGUUGGCCUCAAUCAAAAAAGUAACAAGUAAUAGAAAACUUGGUAAAGCUCUUAGUACAGGGAUUGAAAUGUUUUUUAAUAAUAAGACCUAUUGA